GGAACUCCAAGCAGCACCUCUUCUAGCAGUUUGAGCUACCAAAGGCCUACAGAGAAGGCACCGUCUCCAUCACAUGUUUCGCCCGCAGAAGCUGCUGGUGUUAUUGCUGUUUUGAAGGACAAAAGUGUUGAUGAGCUACGGAAGCUUUUGGCUGACAAGGAUGCAUACCAGCAGUUUUUUCUUUCACUCGAUCAGGUCAAAAUUCAAAAUAAUCUAAGAGAGGAGCUACGGAGGGAAACGCUGCAAUUAUCCAGGGAAAACUUGGAAAAAGAACCACGCAUGGUGGAACUUAGGAACCAGUGCAGAAUAAUUAGAACAACCGAGUUGGCCGCUGCUCAGGAGAGGCUAAAUGAGCUUGAGAGGCAGAAAGAAGAAACUUUGAAGCAAUAUUCCCCCCCUUCUCUUCUCCAUAGGCUUCAAGAAGCGAUGAAUAAGACGGAGGAAGAAUCCGAAAACCUGCACCAGCAGCUCAUUGAUAGGGAGGUUGAUCUUGGGGGUUUUGUGGAGAAGUACAAGAAGCUUCGUACGACUUACCACAGGCGAGCACUUGUUCAUCUUGCCGCGAAAACUUCUGCAAUUGGAUGAACUUGUUAUGAUAAAAACAUGUACACAUUUUAGACGAUAACUCUAUUAGAAAAAGUUGAAAAGAAUACUUUUGAUGGUUGCUUCUUGUGGCUCUGUAUGCACGUACCAUUUUGGCAAUCUAUUUGUCUUCUCAUACUAGCAUUCAAAUUUGAUUGUAAUUCUGUGUAUAAGCAUUAUGUUUUUCCCUA